ACGCCUGCGUGGGCUAUUCACGCUUCCAUUUGUUGGGUCUGAGCGUCGGUCGUGAAAGGUUCAGUGCUUCUCUGUUCCUCCCAGUGUAACCCCCUUACACCCUUCCUUCCCCCUCUUCACCCCCGGCUACCGCUCCAACUGGUCCGGCAUUGUGUCUCUGUAUAUAGCCAAGAAGUCGCCGGGCCCUGGUGACGGAGACCGGGGGAGGAGAGGGAGCGGGCGUCACGUUCUCUACAAAGCCAGACCUACAGACUGGGCCUGAGCGCGGAAGAGAAGUGCUCUUGUUCGAGGGGAAACUCGACGGCUUUAGGACGGAAGUAUUUGUCUGCCCCGGGCUCGGGACGGUGCUGCCCGAAGGUGGGGAGCAGAGGAAGCAGGUUUCCUCCCCGGGGUUUGAUGAUGAACCCGCGGUGGGGAUCCGGCACGUCCCAGGCAGCUCCUCUCACCAGCGGCUGAUCUUCCCAACACACCAGCGGUAUGGCAUCACAGCUGCAGGUGUUCUCCCCUUCUUCAGUAUCGUCCAGUGCCUUUUGCAGUGCAAAGAAACUCAAAGUUGAGCCUUCUGGCUGGGAUGUUACAGGACAGGGUAGCAGCAACAAGUAUUACGCGCGCACCAAAAACCUCCCAGUUGCUCAAAGACACGCAAGUUCAUCUCACCAGGUAGCUGGUUUCAGUCUAUCUGCCUACGAACCCAAUCUCCUAAUCCAUGCAGCAGCUGCUGAGCACAUUGUGGUAACAGCUGCAGACAGCACAGACAGUGGCCCCACCACUUCUCUCCAGAACAGCCAAAUCUUAACCCAUAGAAGCAACGUUCCUUUGCUGGACCCUUACCAAAAAUGUGGACUGAAAAGAAAAAGUGAGGAGGUAGACAGCAACGGUAGUGUACAGAUUAUUGAUGAACGGCCACCUCUGAUGCUGCAAAACAGAACCGUGGUGGGUGCUGCUGCCACGACCACCACUGUAACCACUAAAAGUAGCAGUUCCAGUGGCGAAGGAGACUAUCAACUGGUCCAACAUGAAAUUCUUUGUUCCAUGACAAACAGCUAUGAGGUGUUAGAAUUUCUGGGAAGAGGAACGUUUGGUCAGGUGGCAAAAUGCUGGAAGCGGAGCACCAAGGAGAUUGUAGCCAUCAAAAUAUUAAAAAAUCACCCUUCCUAUGCUAGGCAAGGGCAAAUUGAAGUGAGCAUCCUGUCUCGCUUGAGCAGUGAAAAUGCAGAUGAGUACAACUUUGUGCGUUCGUACGAGUGCUUCCAGCACAAGAAUCACACUUGCCUUGUUUUUGAGAUGCUGGAGCAGAAUCUUUAUGACUUUCUGAAACAGAACAAGUUCAGUCCACUACCACUGAAAUAUAUCCGACCCAUCCUUCAGCAGGUAGCCACUGCUUUAAUGAAGCUUAAAAGCUUGGGCCUAAUUCAUGCUGAUUUGAAACCUGAAAACAUUAUGCUUGUGGACCCAGUGCGUCAGCCAUACAGGGUGAAAGUUAUAGACUUUGGAUCUGCAAGCCACGUAUCAAAAGCAGUGUGUUCCACUUACUUGCAGUCUCGUUACUACAGAGCCCCUGAAAUCAUUCUUGGUUUACCGUUCUGUGAAGCGAUUGAUAUGUGGUCAUUAGGGUGUGUCAUAGCAGAACUGUUUCUUGGAUGGCCUCUGUACCCGGGAGCAUCAGAAUACGAUCAAAUUCGAUACAUAUCCCAGACUCAAGGCCUUCCAGCUGAAUACCUUCUGAGUGCGGGAACAAAGACCUCCAGAUUUUUCAAUAGAAAUCCAGACCUGGGCUACUCUUUGUGGAGGCUAAAGGCUCCAGAUGAACAUGAAAUGGAAACUGGAAUAAAAUCGAAAGAGGCACGAAAGUAUAUCUUUAAUUGCUUGGAUGACAUGGCUCAGGUGAAUAUGUCUACAGAUUUAGAGGGCACAGAUAUGUUGGCUGAGAAAGCAGACAGGAGGGAAUAUAUUGACUUGUUGAACAAAAUGUUAACCAUUGAUGCAGAUAAGAGGAUAACUCCACUGAAAACCUUAAACCAUCCCUUUGUCACUAUGACACACCUACUGGAUUUCCCACAUAGCAACCAUGUGAAGUCCUGUUUUCAGAAUAUGGAGAUAUGUAAGAGAAGAAGUAAUAUGUAUGAUACCGUGAAUCAGAUCAAGAGUCCAUUUACAACUCAUGUUGCUCCUAACACAAGCACAAACUUGACUAUGAGCUUCAACAACCAGCUUAACAGUGUGCACAAUCAGGCUAGUGUUCUGGCUUCAAGCUCGACUGCUGCAGCUACUCUUUCCCUUGCCAACUCUGAUGUCUCGCUGCUUAACUAUCAGUCAGCAUUAUACCCACCAGCUGCUGGUCCAGUUACAGGAGUUACUCAGCAAAGUGUCUCUCUGCAGCCUGGAACAACUCAGCUGUGCACUCAAACUGAUCCAUUCCAACAGACGUUCAUUGUCUGCCCUCCAGCUUUUCAAGCUGCUGGACUUCAAGCAACAACCAAGCAUUCCGGGUUUCCAGUUCGAAUGGACAAUAGUGUUCCCAUUGUUCCACAAGCUCCAGCUGCCCAGCCACUCCAGAUCCAAUCUGGAGUUCUAACACAGCAGGCAUGGCCUGGCGGAACACAGCAGAUAUUGCUGCCCUCUACUUGGCAGCAGCUUCCUGGUGUAGCAUUGCACAACUCUGUUCAGCCAACCGCCAUGAUUCCAGAGACAAUUGGGAAUAACCAGCAGCUUACAGACUGGAGAAAUGCACAUUCCCAUGGGAAUCAGUAUAGCACACUGAUGCAGCAACCUUCUUUAUUGGCCAACCACGUGACUUUGGCAGCAGCCCAGCCCUUGAAUGUUGGAGUGGCUCAUGUAGUUCGUCAGCAACAGAAUAGCAACACAUCAACAAAGAAAAACAAGCAACAGGCAUCCCAAAGCAGUUCAAAGGGUCUCUUAUCCUUGGAUGUUGUCCCGUCACAAAUUUAUUCACUGGUUGGAAACAGCCCAUUUCAGGCCUCCUCUUCAUACAACCCACUUCUCCCUCUCCAAGAACGACAGCCUAUCAUUAUUCCAGAUACGCCCAGCCCUCCAGUCAGUGUUAUAACCAUCCGUAGUGAUACUGAUGAAGAGGAGGAUACAAAGUAUAAACCAACAAACUCUGGAAUGAAGCUGCGAUCCAAUGUUAUCAGCUAUGUCACUGUCAAUGACUCUCCUGAUUCAGAUUCAUCAGUGAGCAGCCCUUACCCGGCAGAUCACCACUCUUCAGUUAAUGCACUGACUGGUGUGUUUGGUAUUUCAAAUAGCCGAGCAGCUCACAGCCAGAGUUCAAACUCGCGUACAAUCAUUGUGCCACCACUGAAAAGUCAAAUGAAUGACUGCCCAUUGGAUACCCAGCUAACAGGUGUUCUAAGCGGUGCUGCCAAGAUAACUAAAACCUGUACUGCUACAAACGGACAAUCAUCAAGCAGCUGCAUCACACAAAGUAUGUAUCGCUCACAUCGCAUGCUGAAUGGAGUACAGCCGCUCAACCUCAGCCAGAACCAGCAGUCAUCCAUGAUGGGAACCCAGGAGAGAAGCAUGAACCCCAGUUCUCGAAGGCAGCAGGCUUAUGUGGCUCCUCUCCCUCCAAUCUCUCAGGCACCGUUCACCUUCCAGCACAGCAGCCCCUUACAUUCCACUGUGCAUCCUCAUCUUGCAGCAGCCGCUUCGGCUACCAGCCAUCUGACAAGCCAGCCUCACAUGUACACAUAUGCUCCUACCACUGCUGCGUCUCUGGGGUCAACUACAUCAAUAGCUCAUCUGUUUUCCCCUCAGGGUUCCUCGAGGCAUACAACAUUUGCCACUCACCCUAGCACACUGGUCCAUCAAGUCCCUGUCAGCGUGGGACCCAGCCUGCUGACCUCUGCCAAUGUGGCUUCUGCACAAUACCCUCACCAAUUUGCCACUCAGUCGUAUAUUGGUGCCUCCAGGGGUUCUGCAAUAUACACUGGAUAUCCUCUUAGUCCAACCAACAUCAACCAAUACUCCUAUCUAUAGUUCAUAAUCGACAGGCUUUUUCCAGGAUUGACUGUUACCUGGCAGAAUUCCCAUGAAGCAAGCCUGAAUGAAAAGGGGCUUCUCUCCAUUACUAUUGACUGCAUUGUAGUAGUCACAUAAGCUUUGUUCAGUGUUAAUAUUUUCUGUGGUUUCAUGUAUCUCUGACUUUAGAGCAUCCUCAUUCAUUGCUAAAUCAUAGUUUGGGACUGGAUUAAUUUAGGGUCCUGUUUUCUUGCAGAUGAUUAUAUGCCAUGUAAGCAACUUUUUUUUAAAAUUUAUAUAGAAUUUUAACAAUUCUGCUUAGCAGUGAAAAGUCAGUCCUAUAGCUUGGUAGUAUUUUAGGUAUUUGCAUUUAUUGGUUGGAGUCAAUAAUUUCUUUCACUCAUUUAUAUCUGGUAAUUUUUAGGGAUGGGCGAAUAUGACCCGUUUCGGUUCGCCAAAAAUUUGCAGCCGGCAAAAUGUCGCCGACACCCAUUAAAGUCUAUGGGUUGUCGCGCUGCGAUCAUUUUUUUGACGCACAACACCAUACAAGUAUAUGGGCGUCAUUUUUGCGGCGAAAAAAUUCACCCAUCCCUAGUAAUUUUAAAAAUGUUUAUUUAAAUUUUUUUAUCACUUUUCCAUUUUUAAGCUUUUUAAUCACAUUCCUUUUUAUCUUAAUUUAAAGGAUUUAUCAUUUUUGACAUAUCCUUCUUGCAUUGUUGAUGCAAACCAGAUACUGGCAAUUAAUUUUUCAGUGAUUCCUUAAGUGUGUUUUGUGCAGAUAUAUCAGCAUCCCUUUCUUGGACAUUUUUAUCAUAUUUGUUUUUUGCUUAUAUAGAGCCAAAAAAAGCAGAGUAUUGUAAAUACUUAACAGGGUAUUAGAUGUUAACUUGUGUUAACAGAUUCUUGCUGAGGUUGCUUAUUUCAGUUCUCUGUAUGAUGAAAGGGACAUUUUUUAAAUUAACUGUAGUCUGGGUUAAAUCUGAUUCAGAUCUAUAAAUUAGUAUAGUAGUGCAUUUAACCCACACCUAAAUAUACUCUUAUUAGUUCAGUUGUUUCUAAACAGGGCAUCACAAAUACUGACUUGUUCAUUUAGGCUAAGGACACAUCAUCAGGAUAAUCUAUCUUUCUCAUCUGCAUUUUGUAUGCAGGUGGCGAAAAGUAGUUUCCACUAUUUUGUGUAGCGCCACAGGCAUGGCAAUGGCUAAUGUGCAGUUACUCUGAGCGGCUUUUGCUGCAACUAAUGCAUUUUCGUGCCAAAAUCUGCUCAGUUGAUCUGCACACGAGCCAAUGCCAUGCCUUUUAAAGGAGAACUAAAGCUAAUAGGCUAGAAAUGUUGUACAUUAUGUUUUGGGUUUGUGUACCAGCCCAAGGCAACCACAGUAAGCAGUAAUGAUCUGUGGCUCCAAAGAUGCCCCAGUAGCUCCCAUCUUCUUUUCUGCUGAUUCGCUGCACAUGCUCUGUGCUGCUGUCCCUGAGCUUAGGGACCCACUCAUAAUAUACAAUACACGUAGAAUAUAAAUAUCACAAUAUAAGGCUGAUUAGUAAUUAAUACAGAUAAGUACCACAUGGCAGCACAGAAACCAGUGCAUAUAGCUUUCUAAUUUAAUAAUCAGCCCUGUAGCAUCAGCUUAUAUGACAAGCCAACCUCAUUUUCUGCAAAGACCCCUAAGCUUAGCUUCUCAACAGCUGUUUAGAGCCCACUGAGCAUGUGAGUGUCACAGACACUUUCCAAGAUGGUGACCACCUGUGACAAGUCCUAGAUCAUUGCUGCUAUUGAGAAGCUGAAACUUUAGGCUGUUGUAAUAAGUAUAUAUGCUAUAUAUGCUAUUUUAAGCCAUAAUAUUUUUAGGUUUUAAUUCUCCUUUUAUUGAGCUACAGGAAGGAGUGGAUUGAAGCAGUUUUCUCUGGCUAUGUACAAAAUACAGCUGGAGAAAAACCAAUAAUCUGCAUUCUGUGCCCUUCGUCUAAUACUUUAGUGUUUUAUUUUUCAACCCUUUCCCAGAAGCGGCUCAGUUUGGCGCUUUCUGACUUAGUACAUGUUAAAGUU